UAGUAUAGUGUAUAGAAUAGAUAUGACUGGUUUACAAUAGCAGAUCGUGUAUAAAAUAAAGAAUAAUUUAUCAAGGCCUGAUAAGAAAAAACAGCACAUCCUGGCAAAAGUGACCUAAAGAUCGUUGUCGUCGAGUUGCGACUAUGGACCGGGAUCUUGUGGAAAAAUUCAUCGAAGUCACAGGUGAAGGAGAAGCAACAGCUGCUCAAUACUUGGCACUUGCAGAUGGAAAUUUGGAGACGGCUAUAAGUUUGUUAUUCGAAGCGGGUGGAAGUGGCAGCAGCAGUGAAACUGCUGCUCCAACUGUAGAGCCAAGAUUAAACAAUGAAAACGAGCCGGAUAUUCGUGCGCCUAUUCUCCCGACUCAGGAGGUGCUUGUACCUCCCGACGUCACGUGUUCUUUUCCUAGGGCUCCUAACAGCAUAUUUGACAGAUUCCGGGAUUUUGCCGUUGAAACAAGGAGGCAAGAAGAAGAAUUGACACAGAGAGUAUCUGGUACUAGAAGAUCUUCUCGUAGUAAAAUGAAGUGCUUGGAAGAUUUAUUCAGACCACCAUGUGAUAUACUGUUCCGGGGCACAUUCGCGGAAGCCAGAGAACACGCUAAAAGUAUUAAUAGGUGGCUAAUAGUCAAUGUCCAAGAUCAACAAGAAUUUGCUUGUCAAAUUUUAAAUCGAGAUGUCUGGCCAAACCCACAAAUAAGAGACAUCAUCAAUGAUCAUUUCGUUUUGUGGCAAGUUCUCUCACAUUCUGCUGAUGGAAAACGUUACAUUGAUUUUUACACAGUAAACACAUACCCUUACUUGGCAAUUAUUGACCCAAGAACGGGUGAAUGUAUGAGGGCGUACAACAACAUUACGGUCGACAGUUUAGUUUCAGGGCUGAAUGACAUGCUCAGUUUACAUGCUUCCCCUGAAAACAUAGAUUCCGCUCCUAUCACAACUUUCAUAGAUAGUCUUCAAAGUGAUACUGUUUCUAAUUCGAAUAUUCCUUCAAAUACAAAAAGAUCUCGGGAAUCUGAGAAAUGUGCUGAAAGUAGUAAUUCGGAUUAUAGAGAAUCAAAACCUAGUACUAGUGUCAUUAGUACAUCGGCAAAUAGUACAUCUUUUAUUAGUAAGAGAUCUAGAAUAGAAGAAAUGGGUUCCAAAGAGCAAAAGCAGCAACAAGAACAAAACGACAUCGAGCUAGUCGAGGAUGACAGUGGUCCUUCUAUUAAAGUUUGUCUCAGACUGCCAAAUGGCAGCAAAGAAACAAUAUCUGUAGCAGCGACAAAUACUGUAGAGGGUUUCAUCAAAAGAAUGGAAAACAUGGGGUACCAAUCUUCGGAAUAUAGUUAUCUAAUACCUUUUCCUAAAACGAACGUUGGCGAACUUACAAGAACUCUGCAAUUAUCCGAAACAAUCCUUUAUCCUGCCAAUACGGUAUUCAUAACAAAAAUCUAGUCGAUUUAUCGACCUGCAAUCGGCUCUACAACUUUUUUCAAUAUAAAAACUUUCUAAACUUACAUUGGUGCGGCAUAAACUAAGUGAGUUUUAUUUUAAUUUACCUUAUUCUAAACUCAGUGAAUCUCAACAAACGUGCUAGUAAAGGAGAAUUUGAUCCUGGAAUUAAAUUUUCAUUCACGUUUGUUUAAGUAAAACCAAGCUAAUUGUCAUAGUUUACUCGAUUUUUUGUAAAUAUAUUGACAAAAUAUCACCGCAAUUGUAUAUAAAAUACACUAUUGCAUUUACAAUUUAAUUGUUUUCAAAUACUGCUACUCUGUGACUAGAACUGUAUUUUUUUGUCCAUUAACAUGAAAUUACAUCAAUUGUAAAAAUCGCCCAUAAUUUUUAUAUAGGUAUAUGUAUACAUACAA